AUAGCAGCUGAGGAUGUUGUUGCCACAGAUACGCGAUCUGACUGUAGCCAAGGGGUGGGGCCGAGGAAUACGACGUCACCCUGCAGUUUACUGUCUGGAAUUGAGGCUCACACACCGGGAACAGUAGGAGAAGAACGGGAACGGACACAGAGGGGACAGAGAAAACUUAAGAACCCAGAGAACAAAGAAUUGUCACUGGGGUCCAUGAAAGGGAACAAGAACCAUAAGAGGAAGCUGAGUCAGCCCCUGCAUCACAGUUAUGGACUUCCCUAAGGCAGGCUUUGCUGCUAGGCUGUGUCUGUAAGGGCAGCUUUGAUUUCACUUCUGCCCAUACAUUCAGCAGAUCCCAUCCCCUGCACAGAAGGACGUGCGCUGCCCAAUGUGUUGCCUUCUGUUUUGCUUUGAUAAAUCUGCCAGACUCGGGGAGCCCUGACUGAGGCUGAACAAUACAGUUGUGCUGUUAUGGUGAGGUGGUGAGCGCUGUGUGCCAUUACAUAGGAUGUAGGUAUUGUGUCUGUGUGGGGUGCCUGCCGGGCACUGGUCUCCUUGCUUUCACUGCUGCCUUUAUUCCCACUAUUGUCACUCUGCAAGCAUAGCUUACCCUUCAGCCACUGCCAUUUUGUGAUAUAAUCCAAAUCUUCAUUUAUUGUACUGUAUAUUUUCUGAGCCAAUUUACUAGUUGCCAGUCACUGCUUCCAAGAAGGAUUCAUGGUUCUCACUCUUCUUCUUUCAGCCUAUAAAAUCGGCAGGUAUUUAAACAUGUUUAACAGUGACCGCCUUGUAGUUCCGAGUUAUGUGAAUACCAUGUGCUGGUGGCAAACAUCCGGGGAAACGGGCGGAAAUAAUGAUAUCUCACCAGGGAUCAGUGUGGACGCACAGAUAUCACUGGAUAAAAUCCUUCCGGAACUCCAGGUUACCAUUUCCAACCUCAAGCAGGCGGUGGAUGCUCAGAGUAUUCGCAAUAAUAUUGCAGAGAUUUUCCAAAUGGUUGAGGAGGCAUGGGUGAUGCCAGCAGUUGGCAGAGAAGUUGCCCAGGGCUUGUGUGAAACCUUAAGGCUUGAGGGAGCAUUGGACCGGCUCCUUUCACUUCUUCAAUCUUCAGAGGCAUCAGUGAAGUACCAGGCAUGCCAGCUCCUCGAACAGGUCCUGGUGGCAGACAACAGAGAUCGGAUUGCUCGAAUUGGGCUGGGUGUGGUUUUAAAUCUCACUAAAGAACUUGGAGACCCACGGCUGGCACGCAGCCUCUGUGGUAUCCUGGAGCAUAUGUUCAAACAUUCAGAGGAGACCUGCAGUCAGCUUGUCUGUAAUGGAGGCCUAGAGUACAUCCUCUUUUGGUGCCGCUGGACCGAUCCGGUGGUUUUGCGGCACUGUGCUGUGGCCUUGGCCAACUGUGCCAUGUAUGGUGGACCCUGUAAUCAGCAUCUCAUGAUUGAUAAGAGAGCAGCAGAAUGGCUUUUCCCUCUGGCCUUUUCCAAGGAGGAUGAUCUCAUUCGCUUCCAUGCCUGUCUUGCUAUCACUGUGCUGGCAACAAACAAAGAAAUUGAAAAAGAUGUGGAAAGGUCUGGCACCUUGGCAUUAGUAGAACCCUUCAUCUCUUCUCUGGAUCCCAAGGAAUUUGCCCGUUCUCUUCUAGAUAGCAGUGAUAACACUCAAGGUCGUACUGGGGAUGAUCUUCAAAGACUUGUGCCCUUGCUCGACAGCUCACGAUUAGAGGCACAGUGUAUUGCUGCCUUUUAUUUGUGUGUUGAAGUGGCAAUAAAGUGCCAACAGAAGAACAUAAAGCUGUUCAAUGAAAUUGGUGCAACACAGAGCCUACGGAGGAUAGUGUGUUACUGCGCAGAUGGCACAGUGUCUUCUCUCGCUAAAAGGGCGCUACAGAUGAUGGGAGAAGAGGUCCCUCGUCGCAUUGCACGCUCAGUCCCUAACUGGAAGCCACUAGAAGUGCAACACUGGCUGCAGCAGAUUGGCUUUAGCAACUACUCUGAGAACUUUUUGGAGAAUCAGAUUGAUGGUGACCUACUCUUAAGGCUUACAAUGUCAGAGCUAAGAGAUGAUCUAAACAUGACUUCUAGCAUCACCAGGAAACGGUUUAUGCGAGAGCUAGUAGAGCUGAAGACAUUUGCCAACUACUCAACAUGUGAUCGCAGCAAUCUAGCAGACUGGCUGGGGAGCGUGGAUCCUCGAUUCAGGCAGUACACAUACAACUUAGUGACCGCCGGCAUUGACCGUAACUUCCUUCACCACGUCACAGAGCAGCAGUUAGAAGAGGACUGUCAUAUAUCAAUAGGAUUUCACCGGGUUUGCAUCCUUUCAGCAGCAAGAGAGAUGCUGCAUUCUCCUCUGCCUUGCAGCGUGGGUAAAUCCAGUGCCGAUGGUCCUGAUGUUUUUAUCAGUUAUAGAAGAAGCACAGGAUCACAGCUGGCCAGCCUUUUGAAAGUGCAUUUGUAUCUACGUGGCUUCACUGCAUUUAUCGAUGUGGAAAAACUGGAAGCCGGAAAAUUUGAGGACAAAUUACUCCAUAGUGUGAUCAGCGCCAGAAAUUUUGUGUUGAUCUUGUCAGCUAAAGCUUUGGAUAAGUGCAUGGGGGACAAUGACUGCAAGGACUGGGUGCACAAGGAAAUCGUCACAGCUUUAAACAACAGUAAGAACAUUAUCCCAGUCACAGAUCACUUUGAAUGGCCAGACCCAAUGACCCUACCAGAAGACAUGAGAGCAGUCUUGAAAUUCAAUGGCAUUAAAUGGUCCCAUGAGUACCAGGAUGCUACCGUUGAGAAGAUUAUUCGAUUCCUCCAAGGUCGCUCAUCUCGGGAUUCUUCAGCUGGUUCUGAAAUCAGCCUGGAUGGCACCCCGCCUCUUUGCCAAACAUAAAUUAACAUCCUUGGUGUGAGCCUACAGAAAGAGCCUUUCCUGCUGUGCUUGCUGUUUUUCUUUAGUCUUUUCUUUUUUCUUCUUUUGCCAUAUGGAUAUGAACCCCCUGAGGUACCUCCUACUUUUGUAGGUUUUUUUUGUCUUCUUAGACAUUUUUUCUUGAUUAGAAUCUUUAUCCAUCAUCUUUAACUUUCUCAGGAGAUCAUAGGCAGGCCCAGACUAGCAAUCUGUGGAUUCUGACAAAUGCCAGACGGGCUACUGUAAGAUGCCAUAGACAGUCACCAUUUAAGGGCUGUUUGGACCUCUGUGUACUUGAAAUUCCUGGGCCUAUUUUGAAUCCUGGAGCUGAUCAUAGGGAAGCUGUGUCGUGCUUUUACGAUGCUAUAAGACUGAUCUGUUAUGUCACAUUGCUUACAAGCCUGAGAGGAAGGCUAGUCUUAUUCCUAAUAACAUGUAGCCUGUCUCCAUAAUGUCUGGAAGAAAGACAUUUCAGUAACUGAUAUAUUCUAAUCUGAAUAGUCGUUUACAAUCUCAAUUCAGACUACACAGGGAUUAACACAAGACUUUUUCUUGUGAGUAUUACAGGUUGAUACUUCCCAAGACCACUGCGAAAGAAUACAAAUUAAAACCACAGCCUUAUUUACUUAUCUAUGAAUAGGAGCUGAGAGGUUUUCAAGGUUGCUAUAUUUGAAUAACCAUGAAAUCAUAAAUUACAGUUGCUGAAUAUGAGCUCUACAUCACCAAGCAGCGGCUGAGAUGUCACAGAAUGCUAAAAAGAACAACAAAAUAUAAUCUAUCCAGGAAACCUUAUUUACACAAACACAGCUGGGCUCAUCCUACAAUACACAGCAAUAAGGCUCUGCUCAUUAUUUGGCUUGAGAAUCGUGAUCCAUCAUAGUGGGUAUAGCAGCAACUCAGCCUGUGCCACUGAAAGGAGCAAACACAGGACACAAUGACAACACUAUACUGCAACAUUCCCAUUCUACAUCAAGUGGAACUCUCUAUCGCUCAGUGGUCUAUAAGGGAGAACAUACAAAACAGAAAAUGAUAUGGAAUACAGGACUUGAAUUAAGACCAUAAAACAACUAGAUUCUCAGCAGUAUACUUGCAAUAACUUUCCCCCAGCAGUGUUUUCACUGAUGUUUACAAUCCAAGAGUCCCGUGAUGCAUAUACAAUGUAUAAUCAGUGUGAACUUGUAAGUAAUUUAGACACUUGCUUUAGAGUAACCCAUCUCACUCAGAUAUAUCAUAAUUAAUGUUGUGUUAGUUCCUAUAAAAGUUAUCCCAGCUAUUAGCAGCCAUAGGAAACAACAAGACUCCUAAUACUGAACGCUCUACACCUUAGUUAAUGGCAAAGUUCCAUACACUUUUGUCUUCAGUUCUAGGCUGUCCUGCCAGGACGUGGGAUUUGAUGCCACUCUCAGAGUCUUCUCAGCCUUUAAUGGAAUCCAGCAUGCAAACGUGAGGUUCAAAUGGAAAGAACUGGAUGGCCCAUUUGGAUAGAAUGGCCUGGGAUGCAGAAUUUGGGUAUUACGCUUACUUUACAGGAUUUCCAGUAUUCACUGAAGUCAUUAUACUGAAUAUGUUGUCAGUUUAAAUAUGGUAAUGAUUAUUAAGAUAUAGUGCAGAUCUGCUGGCAGUGCUGCUGAGAAUAGGUAAUUACAGUCUAAAAAGGUCUUCAGACAUUCCCCUGGGACAGUGAGCAAAUGGAAUAUAUCAAUAAAUACAAACGCAUUACUGCUCUUCAGCCUUACAUAGAAACUCUGGCUUUUCAAUGUAGUCUAAAUUUUCAAUUAUCUUCUAAAGGAUGUAAUUUUGGAUUUCUAAAAUAUCCCAUGUAUCCAACAAGAGGAUUAAACAAUGGGUUGUAAUUAACUUGGUUACUUGGAAGUGGCAAAAUGAUUUCUAAAUUGGAGACAUAAGCAAGCUCUUGGUAUACUUUCUAUUUUUAGACCAAAUGUUUUAAUCGCAAGUGAUUUUAUUGAAGUAGGUCACAUGCAACCCUGUAAAUAUAGAAUAAUGGUGAGAAGAAAGAGGAGUUCAUUAUUAGGAAUGUGUAGAAACUCCAGUUUAACACUUUGUAAGCUGGCAUGGAUAUCUGCGUCAGUAGAUCAAUAAAGCCACCAUUGCAAUAUGGAAAACGCUGCAUAUGUGCUGAGCGAGUAGCCAUCAGAAUUCAGACAAAAUGAGGGAAAAAGAUGAAUUGAAAUAGUGUCUAGUAAGGAGGCUUCCUAAUUCCUUGGAUCGCUGCAAAUGUAUCCGCAAUUCUGGGGCUGUCCUCUAAAGGGAGAAACAAACUGCAAUUUUAGUUUAUCAUGGAGGCAGUGUAAAUAACUAAUACAUUCCCUUGAUAUACCGCCUUAUAUUCUAGGGGCUCUCUGAUGCACGGGACAUAGCAGUCUCCCACCAGUGUAUCAGUUAUUGCAUGUUUGGUCUUGAUUCUUGUCAUAAGGGACACAUACAGCCUUAAUACUCCAGUCAGGUUUGUUAUGGGAAAGGUUAGUCUCUCCAUCAGAGAGCCAUAUCUCUUUAUUGUAUCUGUCUGCCCAUGAGUACAUAUUAGCAAUUGUUAUGUUUUUGAGUUUCUUAAUAUGAUAUAUACAGUGCCUUUCCCCGAUUCCCGGUUGGACCGUAAAGGCAAUUCUAAACCAAAUGCCUUAAUGAUAUUCCCCCAUCUACUGUACAUCAACACUAUAAAGGGAAUAGAAUAAUUCCUAUGUUUUCUGCUGUUUACAGAUAUGACUGUUGUUGGGCAUGCAGGAUGGGGGGGGGGGUGUGAGCAAAGGGUACAGACUGGCAGGCAGGUGCAGUAAGGGGGCUCCUGUAUAUACAGACAGAGCUAUCACUUGGGUUGGACAGGAGGGAGUAAGCCCAGGUUGCAGCCAGGCCCAGCCAGUGGACUUCUAUACUUUGUCCAGAUUUAUCAUACCCUUGCUUAGGGUUUCUGUGCCAUUAGACCCAAAGUGCUCUGCUCAUUGUGGUUAAAACAUUCCAGUUUUGUAUCCCUGUGUGCAUUUUAGAAAUUGAAUGGCCUGUUGGUUGGAUAAAUAAGAAGUGAAACAUUCAUCCAUAUUAUACCUGCAUACGUAUGUAAUGUGCCCCUGGAUUACAGGCAAAUACAUUUGAACUCUGUCUGAAAGCAAAGAUAUAUAGUAUAUGAAUUAGUCUGCUAACAUAUCUGAUGAUUAUAACAGCACAGAGGCAAGCAGCAUGAGCAAUAUGUGCUAUGUAUGUGCAUUUAAUAUGCUUCUAUACAUAAGAAUGACCGAGUAAGCCAUUAGGCUUGGCCAUGCUGUGUGUGUCAGGCUCGGAAUACUCUCAGCAUUAUUAGAGUUGUGGGAAGAAGAGUUACAACUAUUUUGUAAGACAAGAAAAUCAAGCCCAAGUGAGACCCCCACUUACUGUAGGUAACCACAUGGACACGUGACAAGAGCCCUGUUCAUGUAUGUUCGGCUGCCCCAUAUCAUAGCAAAUAAUGUUUUAUUCUUGGGCACCGGUUUCCUCAAAAGGACAACAUGUUUAAAGGUAGGAUUUACAUUCGCUUCAGUUUUUUAUAAAAAAGAAACAUGCAGGUUUCAUCUGAUGUUCAGUCCUUUGUUACUUAGUAAAGGAGCCCUACAUUCGGCACCAGGCUGUGAUCAUGCAGUUUAAAAGGAACAGUACAUGGGGUCCUCCGAAUGUGUGGGAGGGGGGCUUGCUUAUAUAAACUGGAAGAUGGACAGCACGUGAAUGGCUUAGUUUAAGGUAAGAGUACAUUUCUCAAAACCCAAAUGAAGGAUUUAAUAAAUAUAAGUGAAAUAAUAUAUAACUUUGCAUGUGUCCAGCUGGCUGUGCCCCAGUAACCAAGCAGCCUUACUGUGAGCUUUCCCUAUAGACCUGCUGGGGACCCACACUCUGCCUCUACACCCUAAGGGCAACAGCACAAGGAGUCACUUUGGCUGUUUUGUCUCCUCACAAUCACCCCUUGUGCCAUUGCCUUAAGCUUCAGGUGUGACCCUUCCGAGUUACCUUCCUUUUUUGUAUUAUAACAUAUAUGAACUGACUUUGAAAUACUGGAAUUUUAUGUGCAGUUGUGUCAUUUUGAAAAACUUCCUGUCCUAAUAAGAAAAUAAACUUGAUAGAAGACAAGUCAUGAUAUUAUUGGCUUUUACAGCAUUUGUUUGUGCAUGCAUAUUCUUGUAUUUGCCCCUGUUGUUAACCCCCAACUGUCUCUAAAUAAAAUGCUUUUUUAGAAGUCA